AUGGCCGCUUCUUCUUCUUCUUUGUCUUCUUCGUUAGUGUCAUCAACUUCCCGUCGACCACUCUUUAGUCGAGCAGCUGCCCCCUCCUUCUUUUACGUCGAGCAACAACAUCUCCAGCUCCAAUGCCUAUGGAUGCCCUCCUCCUCAUCACUUUGCCUGCGAUUUUCUUCUACUGCGCCGCGAGGGACCUAUCGAAGCUUAAUUUCCCUUUCUCAAAGUCUUUUAGUCAUUGUGGUCAUUGGCCUCGUUGAUUCUGGAAAGUCGACCACCACUGGUCACUUGAUCUUCAAGCUUGGUGGUAUUGACAAGCGUGUUAUUGAGAGGUGCGAGAAAGAAGCUGCUGAGAUGAACAAGAGGUCAUUCAAGUAUGCCUGGGUGCUUGACAAGCUUAAGGCUGAACGUGAGCGUGGUAUCACCAUUGAUAUUGCCUUGUGGAAGUUUGAGACCACCAAAUACUACUGCACCGUGAUUGAUGCUCCCGGACAUAGGGACUUUAUCAAGAACAUGAUCACUGGUACUUCCCAGGCCGAUCGUGAUGUUCUUAUUAUUGACUCCACCACUGGUGGUUUUGAAGCUGGUAUUUCCAAGGAAGGUCAGACCCGUGAGCACGCAUUUCUUGCUUUCACUCUUGGUGUCAAGCGACCCAUCGAUAGAAUGUGA